AGCUUCAAGAUGUUCUCCAGGAGAAGAAGCACUUGAGUCUCCACUUGUUCAACAAUAGCCAGAACACAGUCCAAUAUGAACAGGUGAAGUCAGAGUAUGCGCAGCUCAAAGAGACCCUUGGUGCUGUGACUCAGGAGAGAGAUUCAGCCCUGCGGGAGAAGACCCAGCUCCAAGGCAAACUGGAGAACCUAGAGCAGGUGCUAAAGCAUAUGCGCGAGGCUGCAGAGCGGAGGCAGCAGCUAGAGUUGGAGCAUGAGCAAGCCUUGGCUGUACUCAAUGCAAAGCAGCAGGAAAUUGACCUUCUGCAGAAGGCUCAGGUUGAGGCUAAGAAGGAGCAUGAGGGCGCCGUCCAUCUGUUAGAGGCAAAAGUCAGAGAGCUGGAGGAGAAAUGUCGGACACAGAGUGAGCAGUUCAACCUCCUGUCCAAAGAGCUGGAGAAGUUCCGGCUACAGACUGGAAAGUUUGAUAUCCUUGGCAGUGGCACCGAUCCCUUAACAGCCCGUGAAACCCCCGGAUCUCCCAACAAAUCCCUCUCCCAGCUCCUCAACGGGCUGGCUGCCCCCACAGUGAAAGGCAAUGAGAGUCCGCUGAGCAGAUCUGUGAUCUCUGAGUUCAUCCGACCGCACCAGAUCAGUGGGGACAAGCCGGAGCUCCUGUCUGUAAAGCCAACAUUCCUCACCCGCAGCAGUAGCCGAGCUGGGAGCUCCCAACAGGCCCUCCUCACCGAGAUGGACAAAGAACUAAGCUCAACGACUAGGACCAAGAAGAGGUUCACAGGCAAGGUCCGUCUGUGCAUCGCCCGGUACAGUUAUAACCCCUGUAAUGGGCCCAAUGAGCAUCCUGAGGCAGAGCUCCCCCUGGUGGCAGGGAAGUACCUCUACGUGUACGGCACCAUGGAUGAUGACGGCUUCUAUGAAGGAGAGCUGCUGGAUGGACAGCAGGGCCUCGUCCCUUCCAACUUUGUGGACUUUGUUAAGGAUGAGGAGAUGCCCUCUGCUCAGCACAGGGACGGGGCCAAAGAGUCAGGCUACCUCAGUAGUAACCACAGCAGCCUGGGCUCCACAGGGCUGGGCAGCAUGUGCCUGAGCAGCAUCAGCAGCCUGCUGUCUGACAGUAAACUGGACCUGGAGACCAGCCUAGAGAGAAAUAUGGAGAGAAACCUGGGGAGCAACCUCAGUUCCACUUUGGGUUCCACUCACUGUUCCACUCUUGGCAGCCACAUGGGUUCCACUCACGGUUCCACUCUGGGCAGCCACAUGGGUUCCACUCUGGGCAGCCACAUGGGUUCCACUCUGGGCAGCCACAUGGGUUCCACUCUGGGUUCCACUCACGGUUCCACUCUGGGUUCCACUCACGGUUCCACUCUGGGUUCCACUCACGGUUCCACUCUAGGCUACCACAUGGGUUCCACUCUGGGUUCCACUCUGGGUUCCAGUCACGGUUCCAGUCACGGUUCCACUGGCCUGGGUUCCAGUCUGAGCAGCACUCUGACUAGCCUGGGCAGCAGCAGCCUGGGCAUGGACUUUCUGGGCUCCAUGGGUUCCUGCAGUAACGGGACGGGGACCCUGGAUGUCAGCAUUGACGAGAUUGGUGAAAACAUCGUGCCUUACCCUCGCCGCAUCAAUCUGAUCAAACAGCUGGCCAAGAGUGUGAUCGUGUGCUGGGACCCACCGGUGGUGCCGCCCGGCUGGGGCUCCAUCAGUGGCUACAACGUCCUGGUGGACAAGGAGGUGAGGAUGAGCGUGCCUUUUGGAGGCAGGACAAAGUCGCUCAUUGAAAAGCUCAACCUGGCCACCAACACCUACCGCAUCUCGGUGCAGAGCAUCACGGAGCAAGGCCCGUCUGACGAGCUACGCUGCACUCUGCUGGUGGGGAGGGACGUGGUGGUGGCUCCUUACUACCUGAGGGUGGACAACAUCACACAGACCUCUGCUGAGCUCUCCUGGCAGCCUAGCAACAGCAACUACAGCCACACCAUCUUCCUGAAUGAGGCUGAGUAUGACAUGGUGAAGGCAGGGGCCUACAAGUACCAGUUCUUCCAACUGAAGCCCAUGACCGUUUACAAGGUGAAGGCUGUGGCGCGGACACACCAGAUGCCUUGGCAGCUGCCCUUGGAGCACAGGGACAAGAGGGAGAUCUCUGUGGAGUUCUGCACCCAGCCUGCAGGUCCUCCCUUCCCUCCCCAGGAGGUGCAGGUCCAGUUGGGCCAGAACCCUGGGGUGCUGCAGGUACGAUGGAAGCCCCCCCUCCUCACCCCCACUGGAACCUCCAACGGAGCCAACGUGAUUGGCUAUGCCGUGUGCACAAAGGGACAAAAGAUAGCGGAGGUGAUGUACCCUACGGCAGACUAUGUGACAGUGGAGCUGAACAGGAUCCAGUGUCUGGAGGCCAGGGAGGUCAUUGUCAGGACGUUAUCAGCAGAAGGAGAGUCUCAGGACUCGCCCGUGGCCACCAUACCGCACAAUAUCCUGGGGCCUCCCCCCCCUCACCCCCCCCCCCAACACCAGCCUUACCCCACAUCUAAGCCCAAACUAGUAAGUGCCAGAGAGUCAGAAACCAAAGAGCAUGAGGCAGGCCUGCUGCCUGGCCCGCCCUGGGAACGCUCCCUCUCGCCCCUCCCUCCUCCAAUGUGUGGACACACUCUGGAGCCGCCCCACUUCCAGGGGCGACGUUCACCCUCUCCUCAGAGGAUCCUGCCCCAGCCUCAGGGAGCCCCCAUCCCCAACACCAUCGCCAAGGCCAUGGCCAGGGAAGCUGCACAGAGAGUGUUCGCUGAGAGUAACCGGAUUGAGAAGAGGAACAUCUUCAGUGAGCGGAGCAUAAACUCUGAUGAGGAGGAGGAUGGUUAUGACUCUCCCCACACCAGGAGGAGAGGGGCUUCUGUGGACGAGUUCCUCAGAGGCUCUGAACUGGGGAGACGGCACCACUACAGCCACAGUGAAGAUUACCAGACAGAGAGCAGCCGCGGCUCAGACCUGUCUGACAUCAUGGAGGAGGACGAGGACGACCUGUACUCUGAGAUGCAGCUGGAGGAGGGCCGCCUCGACGGUUCAGCAUCAACUCUUCACAACACUCUCAAGAUUAUAGGGAACUCCCCCUCCCAUGGAUGCUCCCAUGGCGACCGACUGAACCAUUCAGGGAGGAGGCCGGUCCACGGUGGCAACCCCCCACAGCGACGGCCCAUGAUGGUUCCUUCCAUUGAUGGGUACGGCGGGCAGGGCCGCGGGCGCCGGUCGCCAGAAUACUACGAAGAGCCAGAGGACCUGGCGCGUAUAUUUGUGGCCCUGUUUGACUACGACCCUCUGUCCAUGUCCCCCAACCCUGAUGCUGCUGACGAGGAGCUGCCCUUCAAAGAGGGCCAGAUCAUCAAGGUGUUUGGGGAUAAGGACACGGAUGGUUUUUACAGGGCAGAGAUCCGUGACCGCCCGGGUCUGAUCCCCUGUAACAUGGUGUCAGAGAUCCAGACUGAGGAUGAUGAGAUGAUGGACCAGCUACUCAAACAGGGCUUCCUCCCACUCAACACUCCUGUAGAGAAAUUAGAGAGGAACAGGCGGAGUGGGCGUCAGCACCCCUCGUCCACACGUAGAAUGGUGGCCCUGUAUGACUACGACCCCAGGGAGAGCUCCCCCAACGUGGAUGUGGAGGCUGAACUGACAUUCUGCGCUGGUGACGUCAUAACAGUUUUUGGUGAAAUUGAUGAAGAUGGGUUUCAUUAUGGCGAGCUCAAUGGACACAAAGGUCUUGUUCCCUCCAACUUCCUAGAAGAAGUGCCUGAUGAUGUUGAGGUUUUUCUCACUGACACUCCAUGUGGAGAUUCUCGUUACCCGCAGGACGCUGCAGCGCGGAUAAAGACCAAAAGGGUUCCGUUGGAAAAAUCGAGUCCGCCCAGAAGAGCUGCCUACCCCAAAGUGCGCCAACACAUCCCCGGCACUGGCCCUGCUAUCGUGGGGCCUGGCAGUCCCAUCAGGGGCCCCCACGACUUGUCCUCCAAAAAGAAAAAGGGACUGCUCUCCAAAGGGAAGAAACUAAUGAAAAGACUUGGCACUGUAAAAUAACCCCUUCAUAUACUUGAAGUAUAUUACCAACCACAUCAUAGAGGGCUCUAUUCAAUCUGUAAUGCUGAAGCGGUACAGAUUCCGUGAUAGAAAUGUACAGGUCAUUUCCGAUUGAGCAGUGUUUACCAUGAAUGCAGUCUCCACUAAAGCGGGUACAUUGCCUUUAAAUUUCAAUCACGCUGAAAAGCUGAAUUUCCUCGAUGCGGAUUGAAUAGAGCCCUAAAUCUCAAACACUUCCAUUACUGUACGUUCAGUCCUGUGAGAGGAAAAAAUCCAGUGGUCAAAGAUUUUGAUGGCAUUUGAUAACCAGUCAGAUGCUGUACUCUUACACAUCUGUUGUCUACUAGAAACCAUUCAUGUUUUAAUUGCAGUAUGUAUUUUGAAUACAGUCCAGGGACCUCAUAGUUUGACAUUUAAUGUCAUAAGCCAACCUCUCUGGUCAUGUAUAUUUUGCUAUCUGAAGCACAGGACUGCAAUACGAUAAAAAUAUUCUCCAUUUUGAAUUGGCCAAUAGUACGUAGGUGUGUGUUUGACUGAAGACUACAUUGACCCCCAAAAUAUGAGGUGUUUAAACCAGUCUCUUUAGGGCUGAGAUCAAACGAUAGAGCCCAGAAUGGCCAGUCAACAUCAUACUUGAUGAGACUACUACUGGUGGCCCAUCCUGACCAUACACUUCAUGUUGUAGUACCCAAAAUGAGGCAAGGAAAAGAGCAGUUUUAUGGCCAGGCAGCUGAGGUCCUUGUAUGGGAACUGUAUGGGAGGUUUGCAUGUUUUACCUGAAAGCACAUCCAGAAUGAUCAUUCCCACCCAACGUUUGAAAGCACAUGCUAGCUGAUGGCCUUUUCUAUCAGAACAUGUUAGCAAGGCACAUGUGCAUGCUUUGUCGGUGCAUUUGAUGACAGAAUCUACACUGUUUGAGCAAAAUGUACUAAAUGAAUUGCAGUAGUAAAAAGCAUGUCAUCGUUUUCUUUACCUCCAUACAGAAUAUUCCAUACAAACCUAAUUAUCAGAUUGGUUCUCAGUUCAACUCAAGUCCAGGUACACAUUUGACAAGUCACGACCUAGCAUCUGAAGUCAGGAUCUGUGCAGUGGUAAAAUAUGCUACAUCUCCAGAAAGACCGAAGUCAGAUAAGCAAGUAUCAAUUCCUAACAGCAAGUAUUAGUUCUUCAAACACACCAAAAGACCUCUGGACAAGCACAUUAGAUAGGAAAGGGUUUCAAGAUUCAGUUUCUUUAUUUUUUAAGUAGUUGAAUUGUCAUGAAAUGCCUAGUUGAAACCAACCUCCAUGUAUUUGCCUUAUAAAUGCACAAUUGUUUGUGUCCAGUCAGUGGAGAGUUUUUAUGUCCUGUAUGCAUUCAUGUCAUUGCAAUACUUCUGAAAAUGAAAUAUUUUUGCAAAAGAUGUUUAUCAAAGCUCGUGAUGUGCAUUUUAUUACUUGUAAGAGUGUCAUGUUUUCUGGAGGACCUGAGCAUUGUUAGCUUGUUUGAAACUUCAGAAGGCCCAACUUUACACUCUUCAUGUUCUGUCCACAUUAAAAUGACAAAAAGAAAAAAAAGAAAGAAGUGUGGUGAAAAUGUAAAGGUGUAUUUAAUGGUUUUUUUUGUCAGUACAUUGUCACUAUUUUGGCACAAAAAAUUCAAGGCACUUUUAUUUUGUUCUUCAUGUUAUAUACAGUACUUGCAAUGUGUUCAUUCUGCAUUCACAAUCCCAUUUUGACAUAGGUUUGUGUACAAGACAAUGGACAAGAGGGAAAUGCAAUUGAAGGCCGGUUCAAUCAAAACUGUUUCCAGGAUAAGUUUAAAUCAGCAUUCUUCCUGUGCAACAACAAAGCAUGGUGUGAAUUAAUGUUCAGUUGGUUUUCAUUUUGUUUAAAACAAAACAUUUUUGUAGAGUACACUCCAAACUUGCAUUUUUGCAGUAGGAGAAUGUUGUUUUUGACUUAUCCCAGACACAAGGUUUAAUAGAAUAACCUUUAUUGGAUGAAAGUCAUAUUAAGUUAUUUUUGUUACAUAGAAAUUGUGAUUUCAACAAGACAAGUCUACCUCCAUCAUGACCCCUAGAAUUCCAACUAAUUUGACUACAUGUUCACAGAAGCCAACUCCAUUUCAUUUAUGAAACUGAGCUCUUUCUGUUUGCCCAGACGUACUGUAUUUGUGUCAGCCCCCAACUAGCACAUAGAGUAGUGAAUGUAUGAUUAAUUGAAAGCCAAUGUAUUAUAUUUAUCAAAACUAUCCAUGAUGAGUAUGCAGAUGUCCAGUGUUUUCUGGUCCAGUUUGUAUGUGAAAUGAAACCUUUUUCCAUCUGUUAAGAACCUCUUACACUAUUUUGUUAAUCAUUUCAUCCUUCCAUUCAAUUUACAUCACUGUUUUUUAAACUACUACUUACAUGAGAUUUGAACUGAGACUGCCAAAAAAGAAUGUAACAAAAGCAUUCUGUAUAACUUUAUGUACAAUUCUCAGCCAAAUAGGCAUUUCAAUCUACAGUUAAUAGAUGUAAAUUUUUUCCAUAAUAAGUUGUCCGUCAUUGCUUCUAUACAUAUUGUUUGAGUGACUUGCUCUUUUUGUACUUUGUCCAUUUGUAAAUUGUUUUUAAAUGUUUAUACUUGAUUUUCAGACUGCCUUUUUUGUACAUAAAAAUUUAUAAUCAAACUGUGCAAAGCUUUCCCCAUGGUGUCUUCAAAACCAUGUUUUAAAAGUCUGCAAUUGUGUGCUAGCUUUAUGAAAAGAAAUAGCCUAUAUUGGGGGUUACAAAAUAUUGUGUGGGUGUGCAUGUGCAAAUAAUUUUA